AGACAGGAGACACAGACAGCUUCACCUGCAAUACCUCUACGUACAUUAGAGAGGAGUCCUCCAUCUAUAACCCUCAAUGUUGAUCAUGUCGUCCAUUGUUCACCAAAUGCUCGUGACAUGGAUUUGCAGAGUCUACGUUAUCAGGUACAAGAAAUUCAAAGCAAGUUGUCAGGUGAUGUCACAGGAAGUUCAGAAUACCAAGAGUUACUUUCUGAGAAGCUGAAUUUGGAAGCAGCCUUGGGGUCAACAGAAUAUGCACUACAACAACUUAAGAUGUCUUACAAUGAUUUUAAGAAGAGCACUUCGACAUCUGAAAAAGAACUCUUACAUAAGCUUAAUGAUAUACAAGACAGGCACCAGAUCCUGGGAGAAAGACACAAGUCAGCUUCAGAUCAGUUGACUAGACUGAAGGAAUAUCUGCGAGACCUUCCUACACAUGAAGAGCAUCAGCAGCUUCAGCAAGAAAUUGCUAAAAAAUCUGCUCAAAUUUCUCACUUGUCUAGUAAAGUUGAUCAUCUGUCACAGGAAGUGAAAAAAUUAUCAAAGAGAGAGAGAGAGCAGGAAGUCAGGGUGGAAGCUCUCACACAGGAGAGAGAUGACUUUUCCUUAAAACUCAACCUUACUGAAAACCUCCUGAAGACAUUGGAAACCCAGAGAGCUGAAGCUUCUGAAGGCCAGUACAGCAAAGAGGAUUUAUUGUGGACUUUAGACCAACUGAAGAAGGAACUAGAAAAUGCCAGGAAGUUACUGAGCUACAGAAAGCAAAAGUUGGAGUCAUUUCAAAAAGAGAUUUUAGCACAAAACAAGGAACAUACCAAGAAGCUUCAAGCAGAAGUUGAGGUUGGGGAGAAACUUAAAGAAACUGUGCAGCAUUUAGAAAGAGAGGUAGAGCAAUACAAGUUGCAGGAAGAAAUGAUGAAAAAUAAAUUGGCAAGCGUAGAAGGGAAGCAGAAGAAAACAGAACAAAGACUUGAGAGAAUGAUGGAGCAAGUGGUGUCUCAGAGCAAGAUGUCUUCUCUCAUCAGAUCACUUGUAAAAAACCUGCACAUUGCUGUUAAUCAGUUGAAGGAUAUGGUAACCAUCUGCCGGCAGAUAAGUCAGGGUUCUUCACCAGACAUGUCACUGCUUCUUAGUUUCUCAGAUUUCUUGGAUGAUGAUGAAGUGGAAACUUUGAGCAAUGCAAAUUUAACAGCAAGACUGAAGGAAGUAGAGAGCUUAAUAAAAGAGCUGGAAGAUGUGAGAGAAUAUUUGCAGGAACAGUAUGCUCACCACUUAGCUAAAAAUAUCACUUGUGUACCAAUGUAAAAUUAAACAUAUAAAGCCAUGUUGUCAUGUUAGUAAGUAGCAUCUUUAUGGCUAACAAACAGUACACUCACAUAUAUUGUCAAAUUUUUCUGCUGUUUGUCUAAAUACUUUAUGAUUUAUCUUAAGACUUAACAAUAUUAAUAUGUUUCUUAAAGUACUGGAGGUGGCAGAUGUAUGUAAACUGAUGUAUAGAAAGUUUUUACAUUUAGUCAUACAGUUUAUACCCAUAAGGCACCACUAAGUCAAAAUGUACACUCUGACUACAGUACAGAUUCUUGGUAUCUUUAUAUCAGAUGUGGUGUUAAUAUUAGAUUAUAAUCCUUUCUGUAAAAGUUGACCUCAGUUGGUACUAGUGUCUCAGGUGCUUUUGUAACCUGAAAAAGUAAAUGGUCAAGAUUAUUUAUGUGCAGUUUAGUAUUUACUGUUUUCUGAAAGUAAAUGAUAAAGCAAGA